AUGACGGAAACAACACCAAGAAGUACAGGAUCGAGGUCCUUACAAGCAGUCCUGCUGGUCGGAGCGACUGGCGAGUACAGCUUCGGCCAAUUCGUGCUUCGGGAGUUGAUCAAAUCAAGGCAGUCUUUCAGUCGAAUUGGAGUCUACCUUGAUCUGAGCCGCGACAACGCGACCAAAACGCCCCUACUGAACCAGCUGAAGCAGGCCGGAAUAGAGGUCGUUAGCGGCACAGGAUUUGAGAGCCCAGAGCCCUUCAAGGGUUUUGAUUGCAUCAUGAGCUUUCUCGGCAACCAUGGUCUGCAUCUGCAACCUUUGCUGAUCGACUCUGCCAUUGCAGCAGGUGCCCGUCACAUCUACCCCAGCGAAUAUGGGGCAGAUCUUCUUGUCGGCCAGAACUGGACUCAGCGAUACUACGUCGAGAAAGUUAAGACUCGACGUCACCUGGAGGAACGUGGAAAAGAUCUGCCUGAGUUGGGAUGGACGUACGUGCUCGUUGGUCGGUUGACCGAGUGGGCAGUAACGUCACACUUUGGUUUCGACAAUCGAGCUGCGCGAGCCCGAAUUUAUGGAACACCAGAGGGAAAGCAGAGUUUGAUCAACGCAACAGAUGCCGCAGCGUACACGGUGCAGACGCUGCUGGACCCUUUGAAAGAUGGAGGAAGGAGGACCUACCGAUUCUCGGAAAGCUCACCAACAUACGCGACGCUAUUCAACACCAUCGCGGCAGUGACAGGCAAGGAAUAUCAGGUAGAGUAUCUUGAUGUCGAAGCGGCGCAGGUCGAAGAAGAAGCUGCGAAGCAGAGUGGCGACAUUGAUGCAGAGCUUUCCGCUAGCCACAAGCUUAUACAGGGGCGUCAGGGCACUUUGCUGCCCCUGCCGUGGGACAACAAAGAAUUUCCGGGCGUUUCACCUUCAAGUCUCUACGAUAGCCUGAAGGCUGCAUUCGCUUCACCCAAGCUCCGAAAGGCUUAUGGGCUGCACUGA